AACCAAUGUCUCUAUCUUCCGGUGACGAAUACGGACGAACCUACCACCCUGAGCAGAACUGAUAUUACAUUAGUUUACCCUUCCCCCGGUUGCCAUCUACCAACAAACUGGAAUAAUUAACCGACCGAGGACGCGUUAACAUUUCAAUAGAAACACUGCCAACCAGAGUAAUACCCAGCUUCCAAUUGUUAUGCCAGUGUCGUCGUUCGAUAGAAUUGUGAACCUUUUAAACGAGGCUUCGCUGGCUGAUGAUGUGGGUAUCAAAGUUACCAAAUUGCUCCAAGUUAAGGAGCUUAUAAUACACCAUGAGAGCUCUUUGCUCGACAAUUUCUUUGAGGAAGUUGCAGCCUUUCAACACGACAAUAAUUUUGAGGUUAAAAAAGUUGUGCUAGGAUUUAUUCAAGAUGCUUGUCAUGUGGAUCCGAGCUUGGUGAAGAAGGCCAUUGGUUACAUGUUCUACUUGUUUUCCUCUGCGAUACAACAAGAGCCACCAUCGUUCAAUCUCCUUCGUUGUCUGACUAUAGCGCUGAUCUCAAUCUAUCGCAUUUCACUGGCGCGAGCUGUGAAAGUGGGCCUUGUUGAAUCUGGUGUUACAAUUGUGAGCUCAAGUGGCAUACCUGCUGACUCUGCGGCCGAUGUCGCCUUUGAGACAUUCCGUAGUGUUGCCAAACUGAAAGAUGAGAUUAUUCGACUCAUGCUUCCACUGGCCGUUCCUGGACAAUCUGCUUUUGGGUUUGUACGUCCUGUUGCUCUGAACGAAGGUGCCCGAACUGGAGUGAUCAGUCUUAUUGAGGCUGUCAUUAUACUACAUUCACGGCGGUUACCAAACUCGGACAUACCACUUGCCAACGAAGGCGACAUUUCCUUGGACCAGAUACCCGACAUGACAAACGCCCAACUUCAAGCUGUUCUGGAAGCAAGUACGGCUGCAUCAUCAGCGACCUUGUUACCUGGCAUCUGUCUUGUCCGUCCACGCCGUUUGAGCGAAGAAGCCGAACGCCUGCUAACGGCGCUAUUGGAGUGGCCUGUCAAAGGAAAGUCCUCUGCUUCUGCUAGUUUUAUGAGUUGCCCACUACUGGAAGCUGUGAUGGAUUCUCUAGUCACUAUUGCCAGACAACGUCCCCAAUUCAUGGAUAAGGUUGUUCAAGCAUUUGAAACGGUUCAUGUCACCUUGCCGCCAUAUUUCUCGGACAUACAAGUGAGCACAGUUCGAAAGAAACUGAAAACUGGGCUGUUGCAACUUCUCCGUCAUCCCGCUGCGGUUGCAGACUAUCAAGGUCGCAUAACUAUUCUGCUCACCGACUUGGGUGCCACACAGAGCGAGGUCAUGGAAGCACUGCAUCAUCAUUCGGAGUUCCAUCGUCCACAACCAUUUGUUCCCCCACCGAUAGACGUCUCGGAUACAAUGGAUCAUGGCGAUGUGGAUAUGCGCCAAUUUAUUCCGCAGCCAGAGCCGCCGCAUCCCGGCCCGUUGAUCCAUUCCACCACGGCUGAUCUCAGCAGGCCCACCUUCACCUCACUACCCGUUUCGGAUGCUCCAGUUCCUCCUCCAAGCUCCACCGUUGGCAGAAGUUCCACCGCAAUCGUGUCUGCUAAUGCACCACUUCAAACUCAAGGACUCACUUCGAUCUCAACUUCUCUAAGUGAUCCUAGAGUCAGCGUAUCUGGAAAGUUCUCACUGGCUGAGGCUGAAGCCGCCUUGCGUUUCGAUGACGACGAUGAUGAUGACGAUGACGACAUGCAAAUACUUACCUCUCGCCGCUCUCGUGCACCUCGGGUUAAAAGGCAGACCUCUGGCACUGGAUCGUCGGCCGCAAGUGCGAAGCCGCCGGUCUCAUCCUCUACACAGGACUCCACGCCAACCGCCUCGACAGCACUAGGCGUGAGCAAAACCAAACUGGAACUUCCACAAGUGGAUUUUGUCACAAUGCGCCUCGUUCCCCGAUUAACGACUGCCAAUGUUGCCGAUUUGGUCCUUCUCAGCAUGGUCACUUUGCCCGACCAGAUGCCAGCUGCCUUCCAGUCCACUUAUACGCCGAUUGCCGCCGCGGGAACAUCUGCGCAGAUACGACAUUUGGCCCGGAUGCUUGCCGUACAACUAGUCGUGUGGGCGGACGAGUCUAACCAGUCUGAAACUGCGGACAACUUGACUCAACUGGAAAAUCUGUUACGCCUAUCUCAAGAGGAGCUAGAGCAACUCGGUGGACCUGGUAUCAAACGCACUUCCAAGGCAGAUUCUGCCGAGGCUGGCUCUCUGAAGGACAGUGGACGCGUCAAGAAGCGUCGGAUCGGUUCCGUUGGAGAGAAGCCUGACUCCGGAAAAGAUGCAGAAGACGAAGAUGCGCUUAUUCGGGCCAACGCCGCUCGUCGCUUGUACGGAGCGCAGCCCAUGAAUAUUUCCACUUUGGUCACUUAUAAUCAGCCGUCACAGGCGACUCCGGUUUCCGACAACACUACCCUCAAUCAGAACGUCACAGCUAUGGCUAUUGCCGCUUCUUCCGUUCUACCCGGACUGCCACCGAUCUUCUCAAAUCUGCCUCCACCCGCACUGGGCACGGGGUCUGGUGCACCGACGAAUAUCAUGCUCCCUAAUUUCAAUCCAUCUCAGCCACCACCGCUUAUGCACAUGGGCCCCCCUCCUGCUCAAAUACCUCCAACAGCUGUGAAUGUCUCAUUUGCGCCAAUUGUACCCGUGGCUACAUCGGUCUCAGCGUCAACGGCUGUGAGCAUGCUCGAGGUUUCCGCGCCUCACGGACAUACUCGACCGUUCUCGCUUGAUGCUGUGACCAUGCCACUGGGGAAAACUGUCCAGCGGCAACUAGCACGUGACGCGUUCCUUCGCAUCCUUGAUGGACUAGAAGACUCAUCUACACGCCGUACGCCGGCGGCGAAACCCGAGAACCAGCUGCUGCCCUCCACCGCAUCUGAUCAGCAGAGUUCGAGCGGGGAGCAACUCAGUCGAAUGAAACUACUCACCCGUUUGACCACUCGUCGUUUUGGCGGAAACGAGUUUUACAAUCUUCUAAUUGAUUACGCAAUCAAAAAUCUGCGCCAAGGCUUCGAACUACUCUCCAAAUUGCUUAUGCAAGAGUAUUGCCGAUUCCGCGGAUUUCAGGUGGUUGGGUUCGACGAAUUCAUCGAGUAUCGACGACAUCAGUUGGAACAAUCGCAAAACCUCAAACGUAAACAUUCGGCUUCCGAUGCAGCCAGUCCUCCCCGGUUAGAUGAGAGGACCGGUAAGCAGUUACGUUCGCCAACAAAGCUCGACUCAGAACAUCAGACGGACAUUUCCGAAUGCGAUUCACAGUCGGACGUUUUGGACGAUGUCGGUGUGUCUGGUGAGGUUACGGUCGUACCACACGAUGACGAGGACAAUGCGUCGUCGGUUGACAGUGUGUCCGACCGUUCACCUUCGAUGCAUUUGAGUUCACUGGACGCGACCAGUGCUGUCAGAACUUUGAAGUCGGAAUCGAAAUCGGGUCAUAGUCGAUCUACCUCGAGCGUGUUCCAAGCCAAGCCAUCAAAGAUCAAAACGGUUUCCUCGCCAGACGACUUGGGUUGCUUACCCUUCUACGAUUGUCUGUUCGUCGAUAUCUUGCAGCGGUUGGCUCAUCCGGAUGUUAGGCAAACCUAUUUCGGACGUUUCCUGAUCGAGGCCCCGCUUCUUACCUCUGGUGCCCUCAGUGCUCUGAAACGCUACUGUUGGAACCCUAGACAAACGCGUUACGGGUUUCAAGUUCUACGCACCCUCAUCGAACUGCGUCCGGUUGGUCAACGCUCUGAUCUGCUGAACAUGUUACUCAACUUUUGUGCGGUGGAGGACACUGAAGUCCGACAAGCCGCUUUGACCGCGACUUGUGAGCUUUCUGCAUUGAAUUCCGAUUGGCAACACUACAUUGAAUCAUUCGCCACCCGAGCCUUGAAGAAGCUGUUGCAACCUCGGCCCACGUCCGAUAUAUUUCCAUUUAACACGCAUCCGGUUGUCCCGAGUAGCUGGAACGACGAGACAUGCCACGCGUGUGCUUACCUGUUCCUCGGUUUGAUGCCACAAAGUCCCAGCCUGAUGCACGAACUUGCAAAAGUUUACGUGAAUGCCAGUCCAGAUGUGAAGCGAUGCAUUUUGCGUAUGGUCGAUACACCAAUUCGCCAAAUCGGCCUCUACUCCGCUGCGCUUCACGAUUUGGUAGACCAUUGUCCUGUUGGUGCGGAGACACUGAUCACUCGGAUGAUUCACCUGCUUACUGACGCUCCUUCGGCGACGGCUGCUGCGACUUCGUCUACACUAGCUGCCAAGUUGGGUCCUUCAGCCACCGUGACGAUUAUCGGAGGACCACCUGUCAUCAUCCCGCCUUCCAGUUUGGUCGAACGGGUGUACAAGCUGUAUCGCGAGCGCGUUCACGACAUUCGCUGUCUCAUUCCGGUCCUUGUUGGACUGCCGAAACAGGAUGUGAUCCAAGCGUUGCCGAGGCUUGUGCAACUCACUGAAAAAGUGGUCAAGGAGGUUUUGACCCGCUUACUUCAUGCUAGUGUUUCCACCCAAUACGCUCCGCGAGUAGAUAAAGUCAAAGCCGUGAACGCUCCGCUUCCAAGCCUGGAGGACGAAGCUCCGUUAGGACCUUUGGCCCCAGAAGAGCUGCUGGUCGCAAUUCAUUUGUUGGAAUUCGCGAAAGAUCCAUCUGCUCCACCUAAUGAAAGCAAACCGACCAAGCCAUUUGUAUCGCUACAAGCUAUCCUUCACGCUUGUCGCGUGUGCUUUGCUGAGCGACGUUUGUUCACACAGGAACGCUUGUCUGUGGCGAUCGGACAGCUGCUGGAGCAACCUGUGCUACCCACUCUAUUCAUGCGAACCGUGAUGCAGGCUCUGGCCUUGCAUCCUCGCCUGGCUGGCUACGUGAUCAAUGUACUGGUCCGCUUGAUUCGGAAGCAAGUAUGGAAGAGCGAGAAGCUAUGGGACGGUUUCAUUCGUUGUUGCAUCAAAACUCGACCGCAAAGCUAUCAGGUCUUACUUCAACUACCGCCCGAUCGGCUGGAAUCUGUGUUUCAACGCGAGCCAACGAUGCGAGCGCAAGUGCGCCGCUAUGUGGAAAACUUCUCUUCUGCUCAGCGUACACACAUCUCCAAGUCAAUUAUUGACGUCCUAGAACGGAUACCAACUCCCCCACCUACUCCUAAACGCGCCAGUCCCGUUAUCGCAACGUCUAAAGAGCAAGGCGCUGGUGGACAGGCUUCCCAGCCGCCUAGUCCAAGCUCCUCUGGCCCUGGGACACCGACCAGAGAUGAACUGCCCCAGCACGACGUGUCUGUCUCUCUGGUUGCGGCUACCGCUAUGCUUGCUGGUGGACCAGCACUAAUCGCUCCAGAGGUUACUGUCCCCAUCCCAGUCGCGGAACCAUCACCCGUUCAACGCGGUCAUUCGCUUGGUGUUGUCGUAGGUGGUCGCGUUGUCAAUCCACCGCGCUCACCUAGACCGUUUCUGGCUGAUAGGGCAAAGUCGCUUCUUGGUACCACGCAGUCGCCAAUUUCCCGCGGUCGAGAACGGGCCCGAUCGCCCUUCUCCGAUGAAUUGGAAUCUUCACCCGCACUUCGUCGAGAUCACGGCGCUUCAACUGGGCGCUCAGCAGCCGACGAAUCUCGCGCAUCCCACGGAGAUUUCACUUCGCUUCUUGAUUCGCACAACUCAGCACAAUCAGCGAUGAAUGACGAUGAUAUGGAACCACCAAUCCUGCCGCCGACAAAAAUAACACCUGUGACCUCCACGGUGCUGCGUGUGUCAGAGCGUCCACGUGUAGAACUGGAUGACACCGCCCAAAUGCUUGCAUCCGUGGAUCAGUCUCCGUUGGACUGGUCGAUCGAAGACUCAGAACUCACCUCGUCCCACGACACAUGUUCUAUCCGAUCAGAGGAAUCUGCACGUCCGAAGCGUGUAGUCGAUAUGCAGAAGCUGGAAGCUGAUAGAAAGCGCUUGGAGGAAGAAGCAUUGAAAUUCAAGAAACUCCGCUCCGAACGUAAGCAACGCAGUAGCGUCUCACAGUCCGAUACUUUCUGUGAACCCACUUCAGCGUCAGAGCAUACGUCGGACGGAUAAAUUUCAAGCAUCCUCCCCCCUCUUGCCUCCACUCCGCACUCAUCCCCCACCAUUGUGAGCCGUGUACAGUUCGUUUGCAAUCCUUGUUUAAGUACACUUUUGCUAUGACG